AUUAAACAAAACUGUCUUUUCGUGAUUUAUAGUGAAGAGAGAAAUAAUGAUUUAAAUUUAGGAUUUUCAAAUAAAUUAAACAUAAGAAUAAAAAAAUGGCUGAGAAGAAAUACGAUCUUCUCCUGGUGGGACAGAAUCCAGAAAAGUUAAUUAAACAGCAACCAUGGUAUAAAGAAAGAUUGCGAACUAAAUAUAUGAAAGGAAAAACCAAGGAUGAUACAUCCAAAGUGUUAGUAGGAAGAAAUUGGACCUUUUUAAAAUAUGGAUUAGAUGAUUUUCGUGAUGGUCUUCCUCCAAAAACGGAAAGUAUAUUUUUGAAAGGUCCCGGCUUAGGUCCAAACUUAACAGGAGAUGGUGUUAAACUUCCUCCAAUAUCUGAAGCAGCUGUAAAAGGAAGAUUUACGAAACAACAAGCAGUUUAUGAUAAAGUUCUUCCUUUACCAAAACAAAAGCAAGAUCACGUUGCCGAAAUUGAAGAUGGAUUACAAUCACAUCCCUUAGCUCUUUAUCCUCAUCUAGAGCAAUGUUUGCCGCCAGAUGUGUUUGAAGAUAUUGUAGACUUAUUAGAUCCUGAGAUGAACUUUGAGGGAGAUGAAGAAGAUGAUGCUGAAUUGUCUGAAAAAUCAGAAAGAUCCCUUCCACGAACAACUAGCAAAGCAGGAACGGAUAAAGCUUCAAGAGCGCCUUCUUCAGUGAUGUCUUUUAGAAAUCCAUAUAAAUGGAUAUCGAGUAAAGCAGAAAGCGGUGUCGAUGUUCCUAUUGAAUCGAAUAGUCAAGAUGACCAUAUUGGGAAAGUAACGAAAGAAUUUUGUGAGUGGGUGUCUGGUUUAGGGGGAGAAACGAAUAAUAUUGAAGAGUCAACUAUUACAUCUCUCUUUGCUAGUGGAUAUGAAACCAAACCGGCUUUAUCAGUACCUAUUCAUGUUGUUGAACUCACAAAUGUUCCUCCAGAGCUGCGUAUGGCAGCUAAUGCCAAUCCGCAACCAACGCAAAGUAGUGCUGAAGAAGAAAAAACGGAACUGAAACCUGGAAAUAGGACAUCAGAAAAAAUAGUUUAUGGCGCUUGGUACCUACCGACGAAAAUGUGGAAGAAAAAGCCUCAAGGAGAACAAUUAGAAGAUCCUAAAAAAGCCAAACAAGCUCAACGAAGCGAGAUGAAGAUGAAAAGCGACGACUUGGACAAUGAGUUAGCUAAUUUGCAUGGAGCUCAGGCAUUUAUUGAAUUUAUGAAUAAGAAGAAUACUCGGAGACCAGAAUUCUUAAAUAGUAUUAGCGCCAUUCAGGAACAAAAAAGGAAAGAAGAAGAAGCUAGGAAAGCAGCAGAGGAGGCGAAGCGAGCUAGACUUCGAAGAAAAGCUGUUACGGAGGAAAAACCUGCUGAGGCGUAA